AUGCCUGAUCCAGGCGGCCCUGUGGCUAGCAAAUCAGAGCAGGAGAGUAACCAACUGAGGGCAGAGAAGAUCAGCACAUCUGGAUCCCCCAAAAGCUGGCACGUUUCUGAGGCUGGUGGAACUUCAGGAGAAACUAGAGUGUUGGGAAGCCCCGGUGGAUUCCAGCAAACUGCUCCAGGGGACCAGGAAACCACCACCCAAGCUGAGCCAAGGGAAGAACAAAGUAAUUCGACAAAAGCUACCCAGGGAUUUGCAUGGGAAGCAACCUGUCCGCUUGCUGAGACGCGCUGCUCCUAUGAGCCUCCGAGCCAGAAAACAGGGAGCAGCAACGAGAUGGCCGAAGAGGAACCCGAGGAAGCGAUGGAUAUGGAACUUUUUGUGGACACCCUCCGCAACAUGGAGCCUCCUGAACUCCGGAAGCCCUUGAAGCUCCCUCCCAGGCUGCCACAUCUCUACACACUGGCAAAGCCUGCACCUCUGCCGCCUAUCCACGAGCACCUGAUUACCCCCAAGUCAAGGACGCCUCUUCCAGAAGCUCUCGGGGAGCUGAAGGCUCCGGAAGACAAGCCUUAUUCCCGCUUGGACAACAGUCUCCUCUAUAGCAAGUUCAUCUCUUCUGAGAAAUCCCUGCUCAAAACCCAGGGGAAGGGGAAAGAAGGCAGGUGCUCACCCUCACUGCUGGUCCCAGCUGCCCUAAAAGUCAACAAAGAGUGCCAGAGAUCUCCACAUGGGCUUCCGGCUGAGACAUAUGAAGAGCUGAGCUCCAAGCUGUCGCUGUCUGUGCUCCAAGCAGAGAAUUCCUCGAGGGUGCCAGGUGCAGAGGGUGGCUCCAGCCAGGUUCCUCAUCAGUCCAGAGAAGCAGUGUCUCUUUCUCAAUCAUCAUCCAUCCCAGAGGCUCAGCACGAGGAAAAGAGAUUUCCGAAGAUUAAUGUACGACCUGGAAAGAUCAUUCUGUACUCUGAGUCAGGCUUUGGGGGUCAGAAAAGAGACAUCUGGGGCGAUAUCACCGAUGCCACAUCCUGGGAGCUCUCCCACACCAUCUCCAUCCGAGUGGUCCGAGGAGGCUGGGUGAUGUAUGAGAAGCCCAGGUUCCAUGGGCGGAAGUGUGUUCUGGCAGAAGGAGAUGUGGAAAUCACCAACCCUUGGAAAAUAUACCACAAAGAAGGGGCAGCAGCUGAGAAUACACCGUUCCAUAUUGGUUCCCUCAAGAGGGUUGUGAGGGACUACAGGACCCCUGAGAUCACUUUGUUUACCGAGGAGAAUGGAGAAGGCACAAAACGGAGGUUCACAGAUUCCGCAGAGGACACAAGGACUCACAGCCAACCGUUGAAGGCGGCUUCUAUCAUUGUGCACUCUGGCCUGUGGCUUGUUUACUCGAAACCAUUCUUCGACGAUGACCCUUACGUCUUGGAACCUGGCGGGUAUCCCAGUUUGCAAGCCUGGGGUGCAAAGGACCCCGCUAUCUGCUCCAUGCACCCAAUUAAGCUGGGCUGUCCUGUAGUAGAAAAACCAGGGGAGCCCAAGGCUCUAAUUUAUGAGAAGCCAAAUUUCCAAGGGCAUAGCUGGGAAGUCAGCCGAGAUAUUUAUGACCUGAAGAAACCAGAAAACAACCAAGAUUCCAAGAUGCCCACUGUGGGCUCUCUGAAAAUUGUGGGAGGCUGCUGGGUUGGUUACGAGAAGGAAGGCUUCCGCGGCCACCAGUAUCUUCUGGAGGAGGGCCAAUACCAUGACUGGACACAAUGGGGCGGCUACAAUGAACAGCUGGUAUCACUUCGGCUCAUCCGGACGGACUUCUUGGACCCGGCCCUUGUGCUGUUCGAGGCCAUGGACUUUGAAGAUGGCCUAAGUGUUGAGUUCACUGAAGCGUUGCCUGAUGUUGAGCUGGCCAAUUACGGGACCACAACGCAGUCCAUCCACGUCCUUAGCGGAGUGUGGGUUGCCUAUGAAGAUAAGAAUUUCACAGGGGAGCAGUAUAUUCUGGAGAAAGGCGUGUACCGCAACUGUGAAGACUGGGGCGCUAGCAACUGCCGGAUCUCCUCCGUGCAGCCUAUCUUACAGGUUGGAGAACACAGUCUUCAUUUUAUUUCUAAGAUCCAGCUCUUCUCAGAAUCAGAGUUCUUGGGGGACCAAAUCUCCUUCACAGAGGACCAAGCUUCUCUCCCAGAUAACUUCAUCCCGGGUUCCUGCAGGGUCCAUGGAGGCAGCUGGAUUCUGUAUGAUGGCCCCCGCUAUGAUGGAGAUCAGCAUGUUCUCUCUGAAGGCGAGUAUCCAACGCUGACCUCAAUGGGUUGCCUCUUCACCACAGCCAUCCACUCACUGAAGAAAGUCCCCAUUUUCUUCUCUGAGCCCUCCAUAUUUCUACAUGGACUGGAGUGUUUCGAAGGGAAGGAGAUUGAGCUGAACAGUGAAGUGCGCAGCUUGCAGGCUGAGGGAUUCAACAACCAUGUGCUCUCCGUGCGGGUAAAGGGCGGAAUAUGGGUGCUGUGUGAACACAGCGACUUCCGGGGCCACCAGUGGCUGCUGGACUGCAUGGAGAUCACCAACUGGCUGACAUACAGUGGACUCCAGCACAUCGGCUCUCUUUAUCCCAUCAAGCAGAGGCGGAUCUACUUCCAAAUAAAAAACCAAGAGUUAAAGUCCUUCCUGUCUGUCCCGGAUGACGCAGAAGACAUGAAAGCAGGGCGUGUGCUGGUCUCGGAGCUCAAUGACAAGAUCAGCUCCAACUGGUACUAUGAGGAGGGCCUCAUGAAGAACCAGGUUGCUCCCAACAUGAGCCUGCAGGUGAUUGGUCCUGCUGGGAAAGGUGCCAAAGUAGUGUUAUGGUCCGAGAGCCGUGUGCCUCGGCAGACCUGGCGAGUCGAUUCUUUUGGAAGGAUCUGCAGCCAGAUGUUUGAGGACAAGGUCCUAGAUGUGAAAGGAGGCAGAACCUAUGACCGGGACCAUGCCAUCCUCUGGGAUUCGACUGAGGAAAGACCCACACAGAUUUGGGAUAUUCAGGUGCUCUGA